AUGGCUGCCAUGAACCCAAUGGACUUUUUGCUCUGGUUAUCGGAAGAGCUCGAGACGAGAGAUUGGGAUUCGGCCACCGCAGGAACGCAAAUGGGCCUGGUCAUGAACUUUUUGUUUCUGCUUGCUCGUGCCAAUUCAUCGUCGUCCACCAAAAGUGAUGACGUUUUCAGUGACGAGACCAGUUCUGGCUGGCUAACAUUCUUCGUCUCUCCUUUGGUUUGGAUCUUGGCCAUGUUCUCCUUUACCAACGCGUUCUACACGAUUACUCGAACUCGCAAGUACCGACUCUUCCUUGCCAAGGUUGAUAAGCCAAUCUCAACCCCUUCCGCUCGACGUGUGAAGGUCAACCAGUCUAGCGCAUCUCCUUCGACACCUCUGAGCUACCUCGCGAGUCUGAUAACGCCAGAAUCUGCUGAGUCGCGAGCUCAUCCUGAUAAGGCAUCAGAUGUUUGGGAGCUCUCAGUCUGGGACCCUCUCCCAGUUUCAUUGCGCCUUGCAUGUCUCUUCGGACCUGGGCAUGUUCUGGUCUAUAUGAUUUUCCUUCCUCUGGCGCCUCUGGACCCCCGACCAAGUGUAACGGUAUUGAACACACUGCUUCUGCAGAUUCUUGUCUCUGCCCAGCUUCUCUUCUUCUGCUCUCGAUUUGCGCAACAAGCGAAGGAUAAGGCCGUCAUUCAGGAGCAAGUGAUGAAGGAGUACGACACCAAAUUUGUUCAUCCUCGUCUCCACCCUACAGUCCGCGAUAUUGGCACGCAGUUCUCUAUGGACCAGCCCAGCGAUUAUCAGGAAUUCGUGCAAAAGGGCACUCCUACGGUCCAGAUCCGCCACGGUUUCCAGACUCACUCCAAUCCAUACACUGGAGCCUCUGAUACCCCUGAGGAGCGAUCUCUCACGCCAACCUCAAACAAUGUCAUGAAGCCACACAUUUUCACACCCCCUACAGCAACCAGACGCUCGGAAGCCUUUAGACCCUCUACCAACCAAAGAAGCACUGUGCCUCGCAAUAGUCUGCCAGCAGGCUAUACCUCGACUGGUACAUCGUCAGGUGUCCAGGGGGUUAAUUUUGGUGGCAACAUGGGCAUACAUACUCAUAAUAAGUCGCCCCUCAAGAAGGCUACAAGCUUGAAUGAACUGCAUAACCAGGAAGCGGCAUCUCCGCGUAACUCUCGAGAGAUGGCGGCAUAUGAGCAGCGAAACUGGGGGGCUGGAACCCCAUCCAAACAAGUAGAGAAUCGUCGGUUGACAGCUGGAGGUUCAAAACUCAAUGGUGGCGGUAACCUCUUUGCUGGUUUAGGCCGGCAACAAGCACCCUCGGAAAACCGGCGUCCACGGUGGUAG